AUGUCAAUAAAAAUCCUUAUGUGGAAUGUUCAAGGGGCGGGAAAACAGGCCUUCAUGGCAACUUUGAAAGAGAUCAUCAGGAUUAACAAUCCAACUGUCAUAGUGUUAGUUGAAACGCAUCUUAGUGGAGAGAAGGCGCAGCGGGUGUGUGAUCGAAUUGGCUUCUCAGGCCAAACGAGAGUCGAAGCUCAAGGAUUCAGUGGAGGGAUUUGGCUGUUUUGGAAAGAGGAAGAGGUGUCAGUAACUCCUUUUGAAGCCCAUGGACAGCAUUUAACGAUUGAAAUUGCAAAAAUAGGAGACACUCCAUGGCUUUUUUCAGCAGUUUAUGCUAGCCCGGAUUCGAUUGCUAGAAGGGAACUAUGGAAAGCUUUGGAGUAUGCAAAACAGAACUUCUCAGGUCCAUGGCUCUUGACAGGUGAUUUCAAUGAAACUCGAACUAUGGACGAAAGACAUGGAGUUGGAGGUUCGGAGAUGCAAAGGAGGUGCAUUAACUUCUCGAAUUGGAUGGAAUCAAAUGGUCUAAUUGAUCUUGGAUUCUCUGGUCCAAGGUAUACAUGGUUUCGAGGGGAUACACCAAGUACGUUUAAGGCUGCUAGGCUUGACAGAUUCAUGGCGAAUGAAGAGUGGCACUUAAAGUUUGAAGAUGCAGCAGUUAAACACCUGCCUAAAGCUUGCUCAGACCACUGCCCCAUUAUACUUAGUACGAAUGGUUUCGCUCCGAUCCCUAUGGUAUUGAAACCAUUUCGAUUCCAAGCAGCUUGGUUAACUCAUGAGAAAUUUGAAGAGUUUAUUAGUGCUAACUGGAAUAACUCAGUCCCUCUGAUCCCUUUUCUUGCUGAAUUCUCUUCGAGAUUAAAUGUUUGGAACAAGGAAAUAUUCCAUAAUAUAUUCCGGAAAAAAAUCUGA